CAGAGGAGCAUUCUUGGAGUUGUAGUUCUGAUUACAUGAUUAAUUCUUUUGCAACUUCUGUUGAAUGUGUGGUUGCUGUGCAUCUUCACCGGUCUGUUGGUAGUGCUGGGCGGAUGGCUGGGAUCUCAUUUAGCUUUGGAUGCUAACAGCCUCCUUUAUUUGGAGCACUUUUCUGUCCCCUGAAGUUCACAUUGCCUCAGAGAGUGAAGACUGGACUGGGAGAUUCAGAGUGCUGUUGAUAAGGCUGUGUGGGACUUUGUGUCAUUCUGGUACUGCAGUUCUGUUUCUAAAGGAAGGGAAUGAGAUUGAAUGGGAGGUGAGGGAUGCCAUGCUGGAGGCGGCUGCUGAACUGAAGAGUAGGGCAAAGCAGGUGGACCAGAGAGUGCUGGCUCAGAGGGUUCUAGAGCUUUGCGGAUGCCAUCUGCAGAACUUUAGUCAAGCCAAGGAACUCCAAUGCACAAUGCAAGAAGAGUCUGACCACUUGCUUUCAAACUCACCAAAACUAUGGGGAUUGUACAGUAGGGCUAAUUUGCCUCACCCUGCCCUGACUGGCCCAACUAACCAGCUCUGCUACUCCAGAGCACUGGUAGAUCUCCUCAUGCGCGUCCUUAUUCCCAAAUCUCACCUGGAAACACAAACAGGCUGCUACAUGAUGGGAGAGCUCAUCACCUGGAAUGUUCUUCUGCCCCUUAAGGCUAGAAUAACCAAUUCAGAUUGGUUAAACCAGACCAUUGUAGAUGUGCUCACCCAAUCCACUGACAAAGAAAAAACACAAAGACCACAGCAAACAGCGCUAAAUGAAUCCCAUAGCAGCUUCUGGUAUUGUGACUCUCCAAUUACUUUCGACUGUCCUGAAACCUCCAGCAUGCAGACAGCUUGGUUUGAACCCACAGCCCCCCUCCACGAUUCCUCUGAAAUAAGUUUCCAGAGUCAGUGGUCCUCUGAUGAAAAUGUACAAGGCAGGAGAAGUUCUAGCAUACUUUUUCCAGAAAGAAUGACCCAGAGUACAGCCGAACUUCUCAGAUCUCCUUAUCGUACCAGCCGCCUCUAUAGACACACCGACUAUGACCUGGAUUCACCCUCUUCAGACGAGAGAAAAAUAUCUAGUGAGUCUUUGAAACGAACAGACUCAGAUGAUGAGAACUUCUGCGACUGCAUCUCUCCUUCAGACUUUUGUUGCUUGCACUGA